UAAAAUAAAAGGAAACCCUAGAUAAGCAGCCGCGGUAGGGAGAUUUAAUUUGGUUCGUCUCAUUUGGGAUAAUUUUUGGUAUUGUAGGGGUUCGUAAAUUUUUUCCGCAACCUCUGCCCAUUUUUGUCAUCGGCAUCGUUGACAGCAGAAUCUCGAGGGCUUCUUUUAGUGUUUGCUGGAAGAUUUCUAAUCAAGAUGUCGUUCAGCGAGGUAGCCUGUACUUAUGCUGCAUUGAUUUUGCAGGAUGAUGGCAUUCCUAUCACUGCUGAGAAAAUUACUACUUUGGUGAAGGCUGCAAAUGUUCAAAUUGAAUCUUAUUGGCCUGGUUUAUUUGCCAAGUUGUUGGAGAAGAGAAACAUUGAAGAUCUAAUCCUCAGUGUUGGAUCUGGUGGCGGUGGUGCUGCUGCAGCUGCAGUGGCGGCAGCUCCAUCUGGUGGCAGUGGUGGUGCUGCUCCUGCUGCACCACCACCUGAAGAGAAAAAGGAGGAGCCCAAGGAGGAGAGUGACGAUGACAUGGGUUUCAGCUUGUUUGAUUAAGCUCUUUUUGAAGAAAAUAUCUGAUUUAUUAUGAUUUAAAAUGCUGUAAUUUAAAAAUCAGCAUUUUGUUUUUGUCAGCCUUUUAGAAACGCAUAAUGAAGUGUAGUUUCAUGUGUGCAAAUUUUGCGGCACAGAUUGCAUUGUAGAUCUGUAUGGCUUACUUUUUUUGUUAGAAUUAAUACUGAUGUGUCCGGUGAUAGUUUUUACAUCAGUCGGUGGUAGUCAAAACAUUGUAGAUCUGUAUGGCUUACUUUUUUGCUAGAAUUAAUACUGAUGUGUCUGGUGAUAGUUUUUACAUCA